GCAUCACUAGCAGCCGAUCAAUUUGCCGCCCACAUUCUCACCAUCCCUCUGCUGACGUGGUGCCUGCCUUCCCCGCUCCUCCCUGCCCUACGCCACGUGUCGGCCCUUCAGCCCUGCCUCAUCUCCUGCCUGCGCGCUGCACCCAACCCGCAGGCUUCCCAGCCCGACCCAUGCCACCGCCUCACCUCCCACCUCCCCCCUCCUGCCUGGGCACUGGCGAACGUCUCUGCUCUUGCCACCAGCCCCCCCUCCCCCCCUCCCCUUCCUCCUCCUCUCCCACUCCCCCAUCUACCUCCCCUUCUCUCUCAGCCUCCUCUCCCACUAAUCCUCCUCCCUCUCCUCCCUCCCUCCCUCUUGAGUCGUUUCUCCCGGGUCUGGAUCUCUCGCUGUAUGUGCGCACGCUCUGCUCCCUUGCUGCUGCUGUGAUAGAGCAAGAAGAGAAGGGAGCGAGGGAGGAGAGAGGAGGGAAGGGGAGGAAGGGACGGGCGGAGGAGGAGGACGAGGAGGAGGAUGAGGAUGAGGAAGAGGAGGGGGGGAGGGGUAAAGGAGGGAGGGGGAGAGGGCGGAGGCAUGUGCACCCGUGCUUUUUCGAGGAUAUUUCCCCUUUGUGCCAGCGAUGGCAUGUACUAAGAGUCUUAGAAGAGGCCCUUAAGGCCGAAAAAGGGGCGGAAAGAGUGACGGUAGUAGGAGGAGGAGGGAAACCCGGAGAAGGAGCAGGAGGAGCAGGAGGAGCGGGAGGAGCAGGAGGAGCGGGAGGAGCAGGAGGGGGAAACAAGCAGCUAGACAUGGGUGAUUUCGGCCGGCUCUACUCGCUCCUCCUGGGGCUCUUCUCCUCAGUUAGUGGGUCAUCAGGGAGAGUCCUCCCUCUCCUCAACGUCCUGGCUUUCACUCGGCAGGUGCUCACCGGCCUCUGGCACUGGGUAGUCGCCCACUGCCGUAUCUCUAUCUCUCAAGCCUAUGUGGGGGCGGGGUCUGCUGGUAACCCGCAGCUUUCCUCCUCUUCUGCUGCUGCUGCCUCCACUGCUGCUGCAUCUCCCGCUUCCACUGCUGCUGCUGCUGGUGCUGGUGCUGCUGGUUCUGGUUCUGCUGCUGCUGGUGCGGGAGCGAGAGGAGGUUCGGGCAGGAGGAGAGGAAGGUCAGGGAGGGAUAGGCACAGGCAAGGGGGAGGGGUAGCCGGUUCUUUUCAGCUGCCCCAGUUCUCGGGCAGCUGGUUCCCUAGGUCGUUUUUGGAAGGGUAUGGGGGAGGAGGGGAGGGCGGUGAGAGGAGGGCGGAGGAGGAUGAGUGGGCCCCACAAGGAGGAGCAGCAGGAGGUGUUGACCGCAUGCAGACAGAGUCUGCCGGCCAGGGAGGGCCGCACGGGACUGCAAGUGAUGAUGACUCUGUGCUGGCUGCGUUGAUGGGUGGGCGGCAAACGGGUCAAACGGGUCAAACAGGUCAAUCUGGCCAGUCGGGUCAAGCAGGGUCAACGGCGGCCCAGCGGUGGUCAACGUUUCUCUCCUCCACCUUCCAGAGACGAGCGGCAGAGGCGCAGAGAGGAAGGGUUGGAGGGGGAGGAGGAGGGAGGACGUUUUGGGAGACUUCAGCGGGUGACUAUAUGGAGGAAGAUUAUGAGGAUUGGGAAGGCGAAGGGGAAGGGGAGGAGAGAGUGGGAGCGGAGGCAGUGGGAGAGGGAGCAGUGGGAGGAGGGGAGAGGUGGGACGUGGAGGGGAUGCGGAAGGGGGCGCGGGCGUGGCGGCAGACGUGGCGGUGGUGAUGACAGUGUUCUGCAGGGCGUAUGCCCACCUGCUGCUGGUGCUGGACGAUGAAGAGUUCUACCAGCGACAGAUGCCCUUCUCUCUCUCGGAGCAACGAGUCAUUGCCGCCACACUCAACACCCUCGUCUACAACACUCUCAUCUCCUCCCCUCCUCCUCUUCCUCCUCCUCCUCAUCCUCCUCCUCUCUCACUCCCUCGCAAUCCGCGCUCCUAGAAGCCGCCACGCGCUGCCUCCUCCCUCUGCACGACCGGGACUGCAGAAGGGCCUUCUGUGAACCGGCCCUCUGGCUCGCCCCGGCUGAUCGCCGCCCGCCUCCUGUCAUUUCAGCAGCAGGCGCAGCCAGGCACCAUGGGGUAGGGGG